GAAUCGUUAGAUAUUCUAGUUUAUUCAGUUCUUCCUGUGGCUCCUUUCUCCUUAAUUCUCACUUUUCAUCAUGGAGGGGAUUAAGAGAAAGAACCAACUUUUCAUUUUUUCUUUGCUCGUCUUACUUGUGCUCCCAACUUUAAUUGUCGCAGAAUGCACAUGUGACCAAGAAGAUGAAGAUAGGGACAAAACCAAAGCUCUUAGAUACAAAAUAGCAGCUUUAGUGUCAAUCCUAUUUGCAAGUGCAAUUGGUGUUUGUAUUCCACUUCUUGGCAAAAUUAUACCGGCUUUGAGCCCGGAGAAAGACAUCUUCUUUAUCAUUAAGGCUUUCGCGGCCGGCGUUAUACUUUCUACUGGAUUCAUUCACGUGCUUCCUGACGCCUUUGAGAACCUCACCUCGCCGUGUCUAAACGAGCAUCCGUGGGGAGAUUUUCCCUUCACUGGAUUUGUGGCUAUGUGCACGGCCAUGGGAACCCUCAUGCUUGAAACUUAUGCCACUGCAUAUUUCCAGAAACAACAUUUUAAGAGAGGUCAAGUUGAGGCUACGGACCCGGAAAAGGAAGCGGGACACGAAGGGCAUGUCCACGUUCACACCCAUGCUACCCAUGGACAUGCACAUGGACAUGCUUCUAUUGAUGACUCCUCAGAACUUCUUCGUCAUAGGGUCAUAUCACAGGUCUUGGAAUUGGGGAUUGUUGUUCAUUCUGUAAUCAUAGGAAUUUCUUUGGGAGCGUCAGAGAGUCCCAAAACAAUAAGACCCCUCGUAGCUGCGUUGACUUUUCAUCAAUUCUUUGAAGGCAUGGGACUUGGAAGUUGUAUAACACAGGCAAAAUUCAAAAGGCUCUCUGUUACAAUCAUGGGAUUAUUCUUCGCUUUAACUACUCCGGUAGGGAUUGGAAUUGGCAUAGGGAUCACUAAUGUUUAUGAUGAAAGCAGUCCAACAGCCCUUAUUGUUGAAGGAAUCUUCAAUGCAGCUUCAGCUGGGAUCUUAAUUUAUAUGGCACUUGUGGAUCUUCUUGCUGCUGAUUUCAUGAAUCCGAGAAUGCAAAACAGUGGUCGGCUUCGAUUAGGAUCCAAUCUAUCUCUUUUGCUAGGAGCUGGUUGCAUGUCUCUUCUAGCCAAAUGGGCUUAGGGACAAGAUUGUACAUUAUUUCUUCUCCGCAGUUUUUCCUGGAUUCUCCCUGCUACUCUUAUUUCCUUCAUGCGAAGGUGAAGCGCAACACCUGUGAUGCUCGCAAGGAAAUCUGUGAUGCUCGCAAGGAAAUCUUAAGACAAUGAUGAAGAUGAAGAAGAAUGUUAGAAUAGGCCAAUUGAAAAUAGGCGUUUAAAUGAACUAAAUAAGUUUUAAGUUCAUUUUGAUAAGUUUUGAGUUUAUUUUGAUAAGUUGUUAUUUUAUUUUAUUAGGUUUGGUCUAAUUUAUAUUUUAUUUGGAUAAAUAACACUUUUAUAAACUUAUUGGAAUGUGUUUUAAAUGAUAACUAAUUGG